AUGGAAGGUCUCCUCGACGACGCUGAAUACGGUUCUGUUUCGGAAUCAUGGUGGAUUUUCCUGGACGACGAUGGCCCAAAUUUCUUUCUCGCCCACAAUCUGUCGGAAGGCCGCGACUUCGAGGAACUUCAGAAGAACCGCUUCCUUGGAGUUCGGUCCCUCUCCCAGAUAAACCAAAUUACAAGAAUCAUGGCUCGCAACAGAUUCUCUCCUCUGCCGUUCUACGCCUCUCGAUCAUCAUCCGCCCCACACGUUCUGAUCUUUCCUGGGAUCGACCAUAUAGGAGCCAACUUCCCCGAUCAUCCUAUAGAAUGUUUCGAGUCAGCUGUGCGAUGCAAAACACAACAUUUCUCACGGUUUCUGCAAUCUUUCACGACCAUAACCACAUGCGGUGGCUUUUAUUCCCUUCUGAAGUACUCCGAAGCUGGAAUCAGAUGUUUGACCAUGGCUUUUCCGAACCUCAAGGCCGUAUUGGUGCCUCAAUGUUGGCCCAAACAGACAGAUUCGCCUGAGCCUCGAAAAGAUCAUUAUCAUGCUGAUCUUCUCAUCGUCGAAGCAAGUUCAUACGGCGAAUAUAUGCACGUACAGGAUUUGCACCGUAGUGCAACUGUACUGAAGCCACUCUGGGAGAAACAUAUCCGUUUGAUCGGUACGAGGAAACAAACAGAUAGCUUAUCAUUUGAGGACGCGAAUUCAAGAGAAAACCAAAUUCUCGAGCUGGUUCAGACGUCACAGGGCCUGCGCAUGCGGAUGCUGGACCCCGAAUGCCCACAUUGCAAGGUCUGA